AGCCCAGUACAUGACAUGUAACGAAGCGCGCGCUGUUGGUGCUCACCGUGAUACCAACAUUUGGGGUUCUCGAACGUGUUAAGACAGCGUUUUAGAGCUGACCAUUCGGGCAGAAGCGGCGUAGCUGUCUCGGCACGUCUCGUCAUUCCGACCUCUACAGGCCAACGGCGUCGAACGUCGUGCGGACGUCUCAUCUGACCUUGUUCAUGACUCCUACGUCGGUUCGACUGCCUCCGUCCCUUCUUUCGGACGGUUCUGUGUCCCAGCGAAGCUCAAUCUGGGGGGCUCGUAACGCUAACGUUCCGAAGAAACCCGAGCAUGCACCUAUAAAUCCUACUGGCACCACUCGGGCUGUUGUGCGCGCGCAUGUUUCUGCUCCUCACAUUUCUCGCUGCCCUGCAGGCUCUUGCCCGGGGACAGGGCUUCCCUGACUGCGUCAAUGGGCCGCUGGCCAAGAACGCUGUAUGCGACACCUCCAAGGAUCCUAUCACUCGAGCCCGCGCGCUCGUCGCGGUGAUGACCACGACGGAGCUCAUCAACAACACUGUGCAUAUGGCUACUGGCGUGCCACGGUUGGGGAUACCGAAGUACGACUGGUGGAACGAGGCGCUGCAUGGUGUAUCGACGGACCACGGCGUCGACUUCGCUGCCAGUGGGAAUUUCAGCUACGCGACUUCGUUUCCUCAACCUAUCGUCAUGAGUGCUGCAUUCGACGAUGCUCUGAUCAACACGGUCGCUUCAACGAUCAGCACUGAAGCGCGUGCAUUUUCAAAUGCGGCGCGGACUGGGCUGGAUUGGUUCGCGCCGAACAUCAACCCGUGGCGUGACCCGCGGUGGGGCCGGGGCCCGGAGACGCCUGGAGAAGACGCGUUCCGUGCGGCGCAGUAUGUAUAUCAGUUUGUCGAAGGCUUCCAGGGCGGAAUCGAUCCGAAACCGUACAUCAAGAACACGGCAGUCUGCAAGCACUGGGCUGGGUAUGACGUCGAAAGCAACCGGUUCUCAUUUGAUGCUAUCAUCAACACGCAAGAGCUGAGCGAGUACUUCACGCGCCCUUUCCAGACUUGUGUGCGCGAUGCCCGGGUCAAUGGGGUCAUGUGUUCCUACAAUGCUGUGAAUGGAGUGCCCACUUGUGCAAGCCCCUACCUGCUCCAGGAUGUGUUGAUUGGUUCCUAUGGUCUCAGCAAUGAUAGCUGGAUUACCAGUGACUGUGAUGCCAUCGCCAACAUCUUCGACUCUCACAAUUAUACCGACUCGUAUGCCGCUGCAGCUGCAGUGGCCAUCAAGGCCGGGACAAAUGUGAAUUGUGGGACCACCUUCUCCCUCUAUCUCCAAGUGGCCAUCGAUCAAGGCCUGGCAGACCGCGCCGAUGUCGAGGGCGCAGUCGUGCGGCUGUACUCGUCUCUUGUGCGUCUGGGGUACUUUGAUCCGCCCGCCCAGCAACCGUAUCGACAGAUCACAUGGGAUGCGGUGAACACCCCAUCUGCUCAGACAUUGGCAUACGUCUCAGCGACUGAGGGCCUGGUGCUGCUCAAAAACGACGGAACGCUUCCGCUGAAGAAGAACCUGACGAAGAUGGCCGUCAUUGGCCCGUGGGCCAAUGCCACCGUCCAGAUGCAGGGAAACUACUUUGGCACUGCACCAUUCUUGAUUACGCCCAUCAUGGGAGCUCGUGCAGCUGGAUAUCAAGUGGAUUAUGUUCCCGGCGUGGCGAAUGUUCUCGAUUCGUCCACUGCUGGGUUUGCCGACGCGAUUGCUGCUGCUUCUGCUGCCGACGUCGUCGUCUUUGUCGGUGGAAUUGACACUACUGUCGAGCGGGAAUCUCUCGAUAGAACGACCAUUGUUUGGACCGGCGCCCAGCUAGAGCUGAUCCAGAAUCUGACGGCUAUCGGCAAGCCUCUCGUCGUGGUGCAGUGCGGUGCGGGUCAAAUCGACGAUUCGCCGCUGCUUUCAAAUCCGGGUGUCGGAGCCAUUCUUUGGGCAGGAUACCCCGGCCAAAGCGGUGGAGCGGCUAUUUUCGACAUUAUCAGUGGCAAAGUCGCCCCUGCUGGCCGGUUGCCUGUGACGCAAUACCCCGCAGCUUUCAUCAACCAGGUGCCCAUCACCGACAUGAACCUGCGGCCAAACAAGACGUCGGGGAACCCUGGGCGGACAUAUCAAUGGUAUACUGGCUCUUCUGUCGUCGAGUUCGGCUUCGGGCUGCAUUACACGACGUUCUCGAUCCAUUGGCAGACGACGCCGGUCGCGAGCUACUCGAUCUCGAAUCUGCUGAAGAAGGCUCAAUCCGCUGCGCACCCUGAUCUGGGGGUGUUUGACACGUUCAAAGUCAACGUGCACAACGCCGGGAACACCGUGUCGGACUUUGUCGCUCUGAUGUUUGUGAAAACGACGGCAGGGCCGCCGCCGUUCCCGAACAAAUCGUUGAUAGGGUACUCGCGCGUGGCUGCGCUCAAGGCUGGCUGGACGGUCGCUGCGUCGAUUAGUGUGACCCUGGGGAGCAUCGCGCGCACCGACGAGGGCGGCAAUCUCUGGUUGUACCCCGGCAGCUACAGCCUCAGUGUCGAUGUCCCUGAGAGCCUGACCCAUAAAUUCACUCUCACCGGUCAAGCGGUGCAGCUCAGUCACUUUCCCGCACCCCCAUGAGUAACUACAAUAAUACAUGUACUUUAUGUAGUAACAAAAUGUGUGGACAUCAGUGGCAGUACAUUUCUAUCACUUUAUGACGUCGACCAUCCUCCAUGGACAAUGCACUCACCUUGAACGACAUUCGCGUGAAAACCUGCUUUAUCUGCCUCGAUAGCGAAGAGGGCACGGAGAGUCCCGGAUCCAACUCCUCAUGGGUGCACCCGUGCCCGAACUGCUCGCUGCUGGCCCACCGCAGCUGCCUCUCGCGCUGGAUCGACUCCCUGCCGCGCCGAGGACCCGCCCCGACCUCGCGUCGCGCACGCGCCACCAUGCACGCCAUGCGCCUCUUCGAUCUCACGGCGUUCCGGUGUCCGCGGUGUCGCAAGCGGUACGAGUUCAGCAACCCGGGGCGUCCGCGGCUCUACACGCUCGGCGUCGUGGUGAACACGGUGCUGUAUAUCGGCUCGGAGCUCGUAUCGGUUGCGUGCACCCUGGCCGGGAUCCAGGUCGUGUAUCUCAUUCCCGCGGCGGUCGCGGCGGGUCGGCUGGCUGGACACUUUCUGUACGAGAUCGCGCUGGUGCAGUCGUAUAUCGGGACGAGCACGAUGCAACUCAUCCCAACCGUGCAACCUGAAGCCCUCAUCCGCUCUGUCUUCGUCAUGGGAUCCCUUAUUCCGUUCCGAAUGCUGCUGCCGGGCGCGGUGCCCGAAUGGAUCGUCCCGUUGUACAUCUCCAUGCCCUACAUCCUCUAUCUCUGUCUCCCCACCACAGCCACCGAUAGACCACACUUCAGAGCUCCUUCCUCGGCCUCGAUAUCGCUGUGGCCCCCGUCGCCUGCGCUUAUAGGUCUCGUGAUCGUACCGCUGCUCCGCCCGGUGUACAGACGGCUCCGCGCUUUCGUCGGUGCGCGACUUCUCGGCUGUCCUCCUCCGCAGAGACAGCGUCGGUAUUUUGCUGACGGAAUCAAAACCUUCUUUGCCCCCCGGCGCCGGAAUGCGACCCAGCCUGGCUCUGGCUCCGGCUCCGGCUCUGAAGGCAACGCUCUCUCGGACCUCGACCCGCCGGCCGUCGAGGUGGCCAGCGCCAUGAUGGAGAAAGACCAGACGUCGGUCACGCACCAGAUCCUGCAAGCUGUUUGCACGAUCUACCUUCCGAGCCUCUUCGGGAAGCUGCUGUGUGCUGCUGCUGCUGCUGGUGCUCCGGGGCGAUCCGCGGCCCUGCGAGGGUUUCUCGGGAUGGACCGGGUGCGGCCGUCUCGUGUGAUUACGAGUUCUUCCUCGUAUAUGGCGUAUUGGGCGAUGGUGCGAUCCGGUGAUGGUGUGUUGUGCAAGAGCAGGGCUUUGGCGGGGCUGCUGCUCGGCGGCUCGUGGAUGUGGGCCGACAUGGACCCUGUUUGGUGGAGAAACUCUCUGGGAUAUGGGUUGUACACUGUGGCGACAGACUGCCUUGAUCUCUUGCGACUUUGGUUGCAGAAGCGGCAGAUCG